AUGGCUGCCCGGAUUCUACGCUGUCGCGAACUCAUGGACGAGAUCUUCAGUCACUUUGCCACGCGCAGUGACUCCUCAGGCGAGUACGAUCCCAAGGCCGCCGUCAGGAACAAAUGGAAUCCGACUCUCAUCAACGCCGCGCUAGCGGGCAAGGCGCUGUACGAGCCUGCACUCGACGUCCUCUGGAGUCACCUCGACAACCUUGACCCGCUGCUCGCGCUGCUCGGGACGUGGAAGCACAAGAAACCGAGGAAGUGGGGGGAGAAUAUACUGGACAGCAGAAACGACCCCAUUCAAAUCCUAACAGACAGGCUCUCUCACGAGCGUUUCGCGCGGUUCCAGCAUCAUGCACGGCGCAUCGUCUCUACCAACGGGCUUAACCGGUCUCCCGUUCAUAUGACCAUCUGGCGCUCGCUCUCCUCCAUGGCCGGCGGGCGGCCUCUCCUCCCGCGCUUGCGCCGAGCGAUCUGGUACCUCCGCUCAGUCUUUGAGGCCGACCUCCUCCUGCUUAUCCCUCCCGCUUUCUGCUUCCUCGACGUGGAGCACUGGGACGCGGUGUACGGCCCGGGGUACGAGUACACGGAAAGGACAAAGCGCAAGCUCAAGUGGAGACUGAGGUCGCGCGACCAUGUGUCGGACCUAAUGGCAGUGAAGAUUGCGGAGGCGGCGCCGGACUUGGCUGGAAUCCGGAUCUGUACGCCGAGGUUCAACGCUUUGACCGUCCUCUCAUGGUUCCGCAACCUCUCGGAAUUGUCAAUCAAAUGUACCCGCGAAUGCGUUCUCCCGGAUGGCGACUGCAAGGUGCUGUUCUCGCAACUGCGAUCCCUCGAGGUCUAUGCUCCUGUGGACUCUCUCAACGCUCUGCUGGCGAAGGUCGACUGUCCCAAACUGCGACACUGCUCUGUGAGACCUCAUCCCACAUGCGGUGCAGACCGCCUUCAAGAAUGCUUCGAUAUCAUGGUUCGCGCAUUUGGGAACCUGGAAAGCGUGAAGAUCCGCGGAUGGAGGCAAACAUACGAGGAACACCAUGCGAACAUCUGUGUGCCAUUCACCGCCACUGUCGUGCGCGUCUUGUCUCAGCUACGGUCUCUCAAGUUGGUCGAGCUCUCUGGUGGCCCGGGGUUCUGGAUGCUCGGCUUGUCCUUGGAUUCGAUGCUAAAGGCCUGGCCCUGUCUACGCUCACUCAAGAUGACGGUCCUCGAUGAAAUACUAGGCGAUUUUCACGAGUACAAGCCACCCGCCUUAGUACAGAUCGCCCGGGUAGACCUGAUGGAGAUACCUGGUCCCUCGCUGCAGACCCUACUGGAGAUUCCUCGGUGGUGCCCUGACCUGCGCGAGCUGGAGAUACCGGUGGUCGAAGUCUUUCAUCUACCGAGAGCGUACACGGGGCCGUCGGUCAACCUGCCUGUCGCGAGGUUCUGGUCGGUCAAAAAGCGCGAGUCCGCGGAUAAGGAGGCAGUCUGGGACGCGAUCGAUCUCAUCUCGAAGGAGGCGGAAGUGUACAAAUGGCUGGAUGUGCCGGACGACGAGGUGCCAGGGCGGGACCCGCUCGCGCCCAUCAUGAUCAACUGA